AUUGCUCUCUCAGUUCUUAUACAUAGAGAGAAAGAAACUCUAUUUUUCUCUCUACCCAUUUUUCAUUCCUUCUCUGUUCUUCAAUGGAGAUGUAGUGUUUUUUUUGUGGUUUUUUUAGUGCAGAAAAUUCCGUCACUUCACCGAUCAUCUGAUUCUCAGAAUUUCCUCACUAGUGCACUAAAGGCCGUGGUUUGUCAUAAUUGGCCAAGAUGCAAAGGAACAGAAACAUACUAGAUUCCUUUCCAGAAACUAUCGAUCUUAAUCAGGGAUCUGUUUCAAGUAAUGCUUCUGGAGAUCCGACAUCCUCUUGGGAUAGCUUGCGAAAUUCAAUGGAGGGUCGAUUAUCGAAUUCCAUGCUUUCUUCUGCUAGAGAAAGUCUUAGACGUGCUGAUGAUAUUAGUUAUAACACACAGAACUGCAGGGCACGGGAUCAAGGCGAGUCGAGCUCCAGUGCCAAUUUGCAUGGCAUUGGACAUGCUAGUCAUUUGAGAAUAGGACAUGCUUGGCCGUCUUCAUCAAGUAAUCAUGUGCUGACUAAUUCAAAUUCAGAAGAGAGGCGAUUUGGACCAUACAAUGUCCUCGAUCCUGACAGUUCAACAAGUGGUUAUGGUGGAAAUCAUUUGAUUGGCAGCCCUACUAUUUUACCAAAUCUGGCUUCGGCUCACAGUCCUGCAAAUGCUAACUUAAGUGGCAUAUACAACAAUGGUGACACUCGGCUGGUUAUGAGACCAAGUGUAUCUUCAACUGUCUACACUUCUAGUAGCAGAUGGGAAGCGGAGCGUCCUGCUUCUGGUGUCUCUUACAAUGCUGGUACUUCUUCAGGUAGAUCUAGUUAUCGGCCUGGGUUCACUGAUAUAUCAGGUUCUCCCAUGGGUUGGGGUUUAUCCUACAAGCGCAAGGUCCUUGAAGGCAGUUCUGGGCAGUCUUGUGGUAGAAGUUCGAGCUCCAAUGCACAAUCUGAGAACAUUAGACCGCACAAUUUUCCAAGUCAACAUGGUGCUUCCAGCAGCUUAAACAUAUCACCAGCCUCUGCAAGCGUGCAGAAUAGGAUUGGUACAAGAGUGAUUGCCUCUGACAUAAUUCCUCCUCUUAGUGCUAGUGGAGUUGCGGAAACCUCUGCCAGAAAUUCUGGGAGUGGACAAAAUCUUGAGAAUCAUGAUACAGUUACAUUUGGUUUACUGCCAACUAGGACCAAUUUAGGGCAUUCUAGUGUUGGUUCUACUCUUGUGACUCCUCAACCUAUUUCAGUAUCUAAUUAUUUGGGAUCCAGACAACCAAUUUCACAGUCAAUGAAUGCAGGUAACUCAAGAAGCCAUUCUGGCCUAAUGUACGUUUCUGGUGUUCCAAGUGGUUUGCAUCCAGUUCCCCGGAAUGUGUCUCCUAAUUCACGAGGUGGUAGUUCAUCAAGUCUAAAUGUGGUUUCUCCUGAUAGUGAGGAUGAAGCUAACUUCUGGAGCUCAAUAAGAAGUAAUAGGGUACCUCUUCCAUUUGUUCCUGCUCCUGAGUCUGGAAAUAUGGUACAGGAUUCAACUAAUUGGAGUUUAGCUACUUCAAAUGGAAGCUAUUCCAGAAACAUGCCUUCUAGUUCUGCACUCAGCCGUGGGCCAAGUAUGCAAACUUCUACUACUGCAAGGACACCUUAUCAGAACUUAGCAACCAGUAGUACUCAUAGUUCUUCAGAAAUUUCUCCUAGGACUCUCCUACCUCUUGUUGAGUCCGAGUCUGGAAGUCAGAGAGGUAAUUUUCCCCUGCUAUCAUCAGCUGCUUCUCCUGUGGAGGAGGCAGAGAUAUCAUUGCGAUCUAGUAGCCGGGGAUCUAGUAGCCGACGUAAUCAUCGAAACCACCUAAUAUCAUCUUUAAUGACCAAUUUUCCAAGUAAUGAAGUGGAUGGAUCGCGUGGUUUAGCUUCUGAUAUCGAGGGUCGCCACAGACUGAUUCGUCAAGUCCUACAUUCCAUGCGGAGGGGCGAGAACAGGCGAUCUGAGGAUUAUAUGAUGCUUGAUUCAUUUCUCAACGGCGCUGCAGAAAUUCAUGAUACACAUAGAGGCAUGAGGCUCGAUGUUGAUAACAUGUCGUAUGAGGAAUUAUUGGCAUUGGAAGAACGUAUAGGAAAUGUGAACACCGGAUUAAGUGAAGGAACCAUUUUAGAACGUAUGAAACAGCGAAAGCAUGAUUCAAUAUAUGGAGGGUCAUCGUCCAAUAUGGAGCCUUGCUGUAUCUGUCGAGAGGAAUACGCAAGUGGAGAUUACAUGGGCAUAUUGGAUUGUGGACAUGAAUUCCAUAGUAGUUGCAUAAAGCAGUGGCUAAUGCUGAAGAAUGUGUGUCCUAUUUGUAAGAUGACAGCCUUAAAAAAAUGAAAUGCAACCAAAUAAAGAUAAUUUCCCCUCCUCCAAUUCCCAACAAAAGAAUUCUUGUUGUUACUAUUUUAUAACUCAUGGGAUGUUUAUUUAUUUUGAUGUUGUGGUAAAUCCAUAGAAAUCUUGUUAUGAUGUUUGUAUUGAGUAAUACUUCACAAGUUUUUUCUUUAACCAAACAAUGUGUUUAGUUU